GUUUGUGAAGCAUCUAAUUAGAUAAUACAGCGUUUUAGGAAAAAUAGGAUGAUAACAAAGGUAAAAUGAACAAUGUGAGGCGUGAAGCUUAUUAAUGCUCGCAAUUUUGACAUGACGCACAAGUCUCUGCGUGAUACAACCACAGAACCCUGAUUCCAAAACUUUGUCUUGAUAAGACAAGCGGCUUGUUGGCGAAUAGUGUCGCCGCGUCAGCGCCGCUGCAAUAGCUGAGAUGGCUUCCAGUAGCACCGCGAUCUCCGCUACCACCGCAAAUCCGGUCAGCGGUACCACCGGCUCCGUUGAACUGGGUGGCAAGAUGAUUUCCAAUAGCUGCGCGCUUCAUCGGGUCUCGAAAAAUGACUGUACCGCUAAUGUCAAAGGCGAAGAGGCUGUUGCGAAGUGCACUUUAAGCGAUCAUUGCACAUUGGAGCGCCUUCCGAGAGGGGAGCCUCCAAGACCCGGUAGACCGAGUCCUCCAACAAGUGGCAGACCAGAGCCUCCAGAUGGACCGGCGCCACCCAGAGCUGGCAGACCAGAGCCUCCAACAAGUGGCAGACCAGAGCCUCCAGCAAUUGGCAGACCAGAGCCUCCAACAAGUGGUAGACCAGAUGAGCUGGAACCUCCAGGCGAACCGGAGCCUGCUCCUAGCACCGGCAAGCCGGAACCUCCACCAAGGAGAGGAAGCUUAUUGCCAAGGCCUAAGCCGCCAAGCUGGGGACUUGGGUAUGCGGUGACCACACUGACAAGGGCCAGGAUUUGGGCUAUGAUGUACUUCAUGUUGCGGG